CGGUCAUAGAGAAGUAUGGCGGCCGUGGCACUGAGGUCUUGCCGCAGAGGACUUUCUGAGAUUUUAAGUCAUGGUCCACGCUUCACUGCUCCGUCAACAUGCUUGGCAGGGGGCAGAAGACACAAGUCCUCAGUUCAGUAUGCUUCACGACCAGACCUGCCAAAGUUGGCCUACAGAAGAGUGAAGGGUAAGAGUCCAGGUGUGCUCUUCCUCCCUGGCUAUGCAUCUAACAUGAACGGCCAGAAGGCCGAGGCACUGGAGGAGUUUUGCAGGUCCCUUGGCCACUCAUGCCUCAGGUUUGACUACACAGGACAUGGCGCAUCAGAGGGCGUGUUAUCAGAGGGCACAAUUGGCACUUGGAAAAAAGACGUCCUGUUUGUUUUGGAUGAAUUAGCUGAAGGGCCCCAGAUCCUGGUGGGGUCCAGCAUCGGGGGCUGGCUCAUGCUGCUGGCUGCUAUCGCACGACCAGAGAAGACCGCCGCCCUCGUCGGCAUCUCCACCGCCGCUGAUCACAUUGUCACGUCAUUCAAGUCUCUUCCCCUUGAGACACGGAAGGAGUUUGAAGAGAAAGGGGAGUGGUCUGUACCCACCAAGCACUCAGAGGACGGUGUCUACAAGUUUAGCAUGGACUUUCUCAUCGAGGCAGAGAACCACUGCCUCCUCCGAAGCCCCAUUCCCAUCACCUGCCCCGUGCGUCUCAUCCAUGGGCUGAAGGAUGAAGACGUCCCCUGGCACAUCUCCAUGCAGGUGGCCGAGCGCAUCCUCAGUCCCGACGUCGACGUCAUCCUGCGGAGGCACGGCCAGCACCGCAUGUCUGAGAAGGAUGACAUCAAGCUGAUGGUUUACACCAUUGACGAUCUGAUCGACAAGCUGACCACCAUGACGAAUACAGUCUGAGAAGAGGAGUCAUCGCAUGAGUGGUUGCUAGGUCUGAGACUGUUUACCGGAGAGGCAAUGUCAAAGAAUCACCAAACACCACAUUUCUCUGCCAAAUAUCUCCAUUUUUCUGUCUUUAUUUUCUCUGUUGUUUCACUGUAGCUGCUGUUCAGAGGAAGUCUUCCUUGUAGUUGAGCCCUACAAUCUUCAGGUUGUGUCUGUACAUUCUUUACAUACCAUGUGUUUUGUUGGUGACCCCGGUCAGGUCCACCUUUGCUGCUGCUGCUGCCGCCCCCAUCUCCUCUCUCUCCAGUUAGGUGCAUAGUUCUCCUGUGCCUUUUUAAGUCACCUUCCACCGUUUGGGCCAAUAAAACCUCUGAACAUUAGAUGUUGAUCGCACACUGUUACCACCAAUCUAAAUGAGUCUUUGUGAGGUGACUAUCAUUUUAUAAAGGAUA